CGGGAAAAGAAAUGGAUUGUAAAUUCCUGCGGUGGAAAUUAGAAAUGGUGAAUUUGUUGGGUAUAAAAUGGAAAAUUGAAAAAAAAGAAGCAAAUGCGCUUCUGUAAAUACGCACAAAGUGGAAUAUGAAUACGGAGAUUGUAUGUGGAAUGUAGUACUGUGAUGAAUACAGAGGGAAGAAUCCAGCGAGGUUUUUUUUAAUUGUUUAUUUAUUUAUUGGUUCGGUUUUUGACGUUUUGUUUUGAGGAGGUUUGAAUUGAAUUGGGAUUAAAUUGGAAGUGUGAUUAGUGUUGAGCAGAGAGACAUGAUUUUAAUGUUUGGGUUGCUUUCUCGGGGGGUAGAUUUUUGAGGACUUAUUUUUCGGUUGCUAUAUUUAGAGACUGUGAAUCUUACUGGAAACCUUUGGGCCUGUUUUUUCCGCGAGUUUUUUGGGCCUGUUUUGCGUUUAUUUGGUUAAUAAAAGCGAGUGCGGAGCAAACCCUAUGAAGGAUUUGUUCAAAUUGUAGCGAUCUGGUGAAAAUAUCAGGAUUUGAGAGAGAAUACCUGGAGAAGAAUGGCGGAGGUUUGGCUAGUUGGCGGCCGUCCAGAGUCGGGCAGGAGUAAUUGGUAGAGCUGUUACAUUUGGAGGUGGAAUUCAUUGUGUUUGAGGCGGAAUGCAGAGGAUUUGAGGUGUGGAAUGGGUUUGGGGCCGCAGCGAAGGUUAGAUGAAAGACGUUCAAAUACAUUAAAGGUGUGUUUUUCGGUGACUGAAGGUUAAAUGCGGCCGAUUAUGAGGUGAUUUCUCAGUUUGGGUAUCAAAUUUGUGCGAUUGGAGGCCGCGGCAUAUAUAAUGACUGUGUAUCGAAUUUGGAGCUGAAAUAUGGCCCUUUGAGGCUAAAUGCCUUGGAUUUGAGGGUAUUAUGGCCAACUUGUGCUACUUCAUUAUUUCGAAGAAUUUGCAGUCCAACUUUAACGAGUUCUCUGUGGAGCUAUUGAGAGUAAUAUUGCAGAAUCAGGGAUUGCUAAAACUUCUCUGUUUUAGGAUAUUAUCCGGAGUCACUGCUUCUAAUCCGAUUUGGUGUCAGUUUUGGAUUCUCUCGGAAUUCAAAAUAAGGAAAAUUAGGGGUUCAUAGGUCCAUCUUUAGUAAAACCAGGUCAAUCAGUUUUUUUUCCUCCUAUUUACAAGCACCUCCGUGGAUUCUGGGAGUGGUGUGAGCCCAUGCUUAUUUAAAAGUAGUUGAGAGAAAAUAAUGGAUCGCUCUGUCGAUGAGGAGAGCGAUCAAUUCUUUGAGACAUUAGAAGAAAUGGCAUCUUUCUCUGACUCUGGAUCAGACUGUGCUGAAAAUGAGACCUCUGUCCGCAGAAAUGGAGACCUGAAAGCAAAGUAUGAGAUUUGGCAGAAAGAGCCCACCAGCAUUCAGGAGAGGAGGCAGAUGUUUCUCAGAGAGAUGGGGUUUAUCAAAGCAAAUAAUUCUACUUCUUUGGAGCCAGAUGCGGAUCCUAACCAAUGUCCUGGAAUCGAAAGAUUGAGAGAAAACAGUGGAGCUGUGCUGAGAAGUAGUUCAGAAUCAGACCCACAGGGCAAACCUCCCAUUUAUGCCAGCCAAAAUACUGCUAUAUUGCAGCAGAGAUAUCGUUUAUCCACAUCUAGUGGCUCAAGUGUUGGUACUGCAGAUACGGGAGAGAUUGGAGAUGUCGCCUUCUCCCCUGAAGAUAGCAGUGGUGAAUUUAUCUGCAAAAUUAAGAACUUAGACAGUGGGAAGGAGUUCAUUGUAGAUGAGUUUAGGGAAGAUGGCAUGUGGAACAAGCUCAGAGAAGUGGGAACAGAUAGGCAUCUAACUUUGGAGGAGUUUGAAAGGUCUGUGGGGUUAUCUCCUUUUGUGCAAGAAGUCAUGCGGAGGGCAAGUGAAGUUCAACAAACACAGAACAGAGAAGUAAAUGCGAAUCAUUCUUCCAGAAAAGUAAUGAGGAAUUGGAUGAAAGCCUUAAGUUUUGCUGCUCAUUCAAUGUCAUGGCGUAAAGGCAAUCAACUUAUGUUUGAUUUAGGAAAAAAUAGUAGGGAAAGAUCUGGGACAUUUGCUGAUGUUUCUUGGGACAGGCCUCUGAGGACUAAAGUACGCCACAGUAGGAAGCAGUGCAAAGAAUUUAGCGCUCUUUACAUGGGCCAAGAGAUUCAAGCCCAUGAAGGUUCUAUCUGGACAAUGAAGUUCAGUUUCGAUGGGCGCUAUCUUGCAAGUGCUGGUCAGGACUGUGUGAUUCAAAUAAGGGAAGUGAUUGAAUCUAAAAGAAAAGUCGGGGCUGAUACACCCGAUGUUGACGGGACCAAUGCUUACCUUACUGUUAAUGGUUCACCAGAGGUAUUUCCAUUGAGUAUUAAAGCCCAUGCAAAUAAUACAAAAGGAUUGAAGAUUAAAUACUGCAAAAGGAGCUCAAAGUCAGACUGUAUUGUGCUCCCUGAGAGGGUUUUCAAGAUAUCAGAAAAGCCAUUAUGUUCUUUUCACGGACACCUUGAGGGUGUCUUGGAUAUUUCAUGGUCACCGUCACAGUAUUUGCUGCUCUCGUCAUCAAUGGACCAAACAGUUCGAUUAUGGGAUCUAGAACAUCAGAGUUGUCUAAAAAUAUUUUCUCAUAGUGAUUAUGUGACCUGUAUUCAGUUCAAUCCGGUUGAUGAUAGAUACUUUAUAAGUGGUUCAUUGGAUGGCAAAGUACGAAUUUGGAACAUUCCUGAACGUCGAGUUGUUGAUUGGAAUGAUAUUCGUGAAGUGGUCAGUGCAGCAUGCUACACUCCCGAUGGACAGGGAGGACUAGUGGGUUCAAUCACGGGAAGAUGCUACUUCUAUAAUGCAUCAGGAAACAAACUACAACUUGAAACUCAAGUGGGUGUUGACAGUAAAAAGGGGGUGUAUAGUAAGAAGAAGAAAUCUACUGGGAAGAAGGUUACUGGUUUUCAGUUUGCACCUGGAGAUUCACGGAAAGUAUUGGUAACUUCAGCAGAUUCACAGAUUCGUGUUUUUGAGGGUGUUGAGUUUAUUUGCAAAUAUAAAGGUUUUCGGAACACUUGCAGCCAAAUUUCUGCAUCAUUCACUGCAAAUGGGAAGCAUGUUGUUUGUGCAAGUGAGGAUUCACAUGUUUAUAUUUGGAACUAUGAGCUUCAUUGUGGUUCAACUGCAAAGAGCAUAAAGACUUCUCGAUCAUAUGAACAUUUUCUAUCACAAGGUGUUUUAGUUGCAGUUCCUUGGUCUGGUAUUAAGCAUGGAGCCUCAGAGUUGAAUUCAUCUGGAUGGAGGGACACCCAGUCGCCAUUGCAUAGAUGCGAGCAUACUGAGAGGCCACAUGGCUUUCUUUCAAGAGUAACAGGCAAGGAAGAGGAACAUGAGACUUCUUUGCAAUAUGUUUUUCAGGGGUCAGAUUUAUCUAGCUCAAGAACUUUGGCAGACAGCAAUGGUCUAGAUGGCCUUUCUAGAGGUUCAGCUCAUUUGUCAGAUUCAUAUGAGCCAAGAUUUAUGGAAUUUUCUGCUUCUGAUAGGAACACAGAUAAUAUUAAUUCAAGUCAUGGGUUUUUCUCGGAUAGCUUGUCUAAAGGCUCUGCAACAUGGCCCGAGGAAAAGCUUCCUCAGUUGACCAAAAAAUCCCUGUCAAAUAUAGCUUCUUCUAACUAUGACAUUCUGAAUACUGGUGUUUCUGAUACCAUUCAAAACGAGUCUAGAGUUGCUGGAGCUGCUGCAUGGGGCCUUGUUAUUGUCACUGCAGGUUGUGGGGGCGAGAUUAGAUCAUUCCAGAAUUAUGGCUUGCCUGUUUGUCUUUGACAAGCAUGUUAUUCAUAAGAAAAUCUGCCUGAUCUAAGUGAAAAUUCAAGGAAUUUUUACAGAUUUAAUUUGUAAUUCAAGUUUAAAGCAUUAAUAUGCAUUCUGUUGUUGCUAUUAAUAUCUCAAA